AUGAAGGCUGCUAUUCUGCUGUUCUGUCUUCUAGGAGCCACACAGUCAUUACCAAAGCAGUUAAACCCCGCUUUGGGAGUUCCUCCUCCUCCUCCUCCAAAGCAGGAUCGGAAUCAGGAAACGCCACUGAACCAACAGCAACCAAGUCAGGUCUUCUCUUCUCUAAGUCUAAUACCGUUGACACAAAUGCUCACACUGGCGCAAACUGAAAAAAACAAAAACGAAACCACAGUGAAAACCCUCUUCAUUGCCCUGCAGCUAAAUCCAGCUGCAGGAGCAGCAGCUGGGGCCCAGACCCUCCCACUGACCAUGGAAGUACUGGAGGGUCAACAAAAGCUGCAAACCCAAAUGCUACCAAUUAUUGUAGCACAACUUGGAGCUCAGGGUGCUGUUCUAAGUUCAGAGGAAUUGCCUGCGGCCCCGCAGAUCUUCACCGGCCUCCUCCUUCAUCCCAUGUUCACCGGGAAGGCGGGGGCUAAUGACGAUGUCCAGGAUGAAGUCCUUCCUACAGGACAAGCAGCAGUCAGUCCUGCUACCCGAGAAGCCCAGGAGGGCCAGUUUUCCACUCCAGUGGAUGAUGACCUUGGAGUGACCAGCCCUGUGGGCAUCCAGAGGGGUACAUCCCCGACUGAGGAAACCACCACAGAAUCACCAAAAGGAAUUCAGUAA